GAGGCGUCGGGGGUCUUCCCCUGCAGGGUGGGUGGGGGCUUUCACCACGUGGCUUUGCCUUUUUUUUUUUUUUUUUUUUUCCGCUCCAUUUUUUUUCAAGUCGAUUUUAUUUAGAGGCGGCGCCAGGGCGGCCGCGGAGAAACGUGACACACCAGCCCGCUCGGAGGGGUUUCGGACAGAAGGGAAGGAGCCGCGCCGCGUCGUCCGCCUCCCAGCGCGCCGCGGGCACUUCUCCCGGGCCUCCCCGAACUCUCCCGCGACCUCUGCGCGCCCUCCGGCCGCCCUCCCCGCCCCGGCUCCGGACAACUUGAGGGGUGGGGUGCAAAGAAAGUUUGUGUCUGCUGCCGCCGCCUCCCGCCUCGGCCUAGGAGGCUCGCCGCCCGCGCCCGUCCGCUCGGCCUUGCCCGGGACCGCGUCCUGCCCGAGACCGCCACCAUGAACAAGCUGUACAUCGGCAAUCUCAACGAGAGCGUGACCCCCGCGGACUUGGAGAAAGUGUUUGCGGAGCACAAGAUCUCCUACAGCGGCCAGUUCUUGGUCAAAUCCGGCUAUGCCUUCGUGGACUGCCCCGACGAGCACUGGGCGAUGAAGGCCAUCGAAACUUUCUCGGGGAAAGUGGAGCUGCAAGGAAAACGCCUAGAGAUUGAACACUCCGUCCCCAAAAAACAAAGGAGUCGAAAAAUACAGAUCCGAAAUAUUCCACCCCAGCUUCGAUGGGAAGUACUGGACAGCUUGCUGGCUCAGUAUGGUACAGUGGAGAACUGCGAGCAAGUGAACACGGAGAGUGAGACGGCAGUAGUCAAUGUCACCUAUUCCAACCGGGAACAGACCAGGCAAGCCAUCUUGAAGCUGAACGGCCACCAGCUAGAGAAUCAUGCCUUGAAGGUCUCUUACAUUCCUGACGAACAAAUCACACAGGGUCCUGAGAACGGGCGCCGAGGCGGCUUUGGCUCUCGGGGUCAGCCCCGCCAGGGCUCCCCUGUGGCAGCUGGGGCCCCAGCCAAACAGCAGCAAGUGGACAUCCCCCUACGGCUCCUGGUGCCCACUCAAUAUGUGGGUGCCAUCAUUGGCAAGGAGGGUGCCACCAUCCGCAACAUCACAAAACAGACCCAGUCCAAGAUCGACGUACACAGGAAGGAGAAUGCAGGUGCUGCCGAGAAAGCCAUCAGUGUCCACUCGACCCCUGAGGGCUGCUCUUCUGCUUGUAAGAUGAUCCUGGAGAUUAUGCACAAGGAGGCCAAGGACACCAAAACGGCUGACGAGGUUCCCCUGAAGAUCCUGGCCCAUAAUAACUUUGUGGGGCGACUCAUUGGCAAGGAAGGGCGCAACCUGAAGAAGGUGGAGCAGGACACGGAGACAAAAAUCACCAUUUCCUCGCUGCAGGAUCUCACCCUCUAUAACCCUGAGAGGACCAUCACUGUGAAGGGCGCCAUUGAGAACUGCUGCAGGGCCGAGCAGGAGAUCAUGAAGAAAGUGCGGGAAGCCUAUGAGAAUGACGUGGCUGCCAUGAGCCUGCAGUCACAUCUCAUCCCCGGACUGAACUUGGCAGCUGUAGGUCUUUUCCCAGCCUCCUCCAGUGCAGUCCCACCACCUCCCAGCAGCGUCACUGGAGCUGCACCUUACAGCUCCUUUAUGCAGGCUCCAGAGCAGGAGAUGGUGCAGGUGUUCAUUCCCGCCCAGGCGGUGGGUGCCAUCAUCGGCAAGAAGGGGCAGCACAUCAAGCAGCUCUCCCGGUUCGCCAGCGCCUCCAUUAAGAUUGCUCCUCCUGAAACUCCAGACUCCAAAGUUCGUAUGGUCAUCAUCACUGGACCCCCAGAAGCCCAGUUCAAGGCUCAGGGAAGAAUUUAUGGAAAACUCAAGGAGGAGAACUUCUUUGGUCCCAAGGAAGAAGUAAAGCUGGAGACCCAUAUCCGGGUGCCAGCGUCAGCAGCCGGCCGGGUCAUUGGCAAAGGUGGCAAGACGGUGAACGAGCUGCAAAAUUUGACAGCAGCUGAGGUGGUGGUGCCAAGAGACCAGACCCCUGAUGAGAACGACCAGGUCAUCGUCAAGAUCAUUGGGCAUUUCUAUGCCAGCCAGAUGGCUCAGCGAAAGAUACGAGACAUCUUGGCCCAAGUCAAACAGCUGCACCAAAAGGGACAGAGUAACCAGGCCCAGGCCCGGAGGAAGUGACCAGCCCCUUCACGUCGACCCCCAUCAUGUCGGCUGAAGGACAACAGGCCGAAAUCGAGAGCAUGAUCUCCCCCGCAGGCCUGAGAAUGAGCGGGAAUCAGGGACACUUGGGCCGGGAUGUAGAUCAGGUUUGCCCACGUGCUUGAGAAAGUUGUUCCAGUGAGGAACCCUGAUCUCUCAGCCCCAAACACCCCACCAAUUGGCCCAACACUGCCCAUCCCUGAGGGUGUCACCUUGGAAAUUCUAGCUCAGGGUGCUUUUAAACGUGGAUUGUUUUAAGUUCUCCAGGUCCCAUCGAGAGGGUUGGUCAGACCCCAGUGGGAAGAGAAAUAAAAUUUCCUUCAGGUUUUUAAAACAUGCAGAGGGGUGUUUUAAUCAAUCUCAAAGGAUGAUUUACUUCUUGACCCUAAAGCCCUUCCAGCCUUCUCCUCCUUGGUUUAUUGAUUAAAAUACCUCUAUUCUCGUGCCCUGACAUAACCUCUUCCUGUAUUCACACUGGUUAGCUCAUCUUUCUGCUACUGGCAAAAGUGGGAACCAAUGCAUUGCUUUGUGUAUAUUAUUGACUCGAAGGGAAAAGACACAUCGGCAUCUGUAGAUUAAUUCCAAUCCCUUCCUAACCAACCUAUAGGAACAGCGAGUAAUAAAGAAUGGGAGAGACAGAUGAUUAAAAUAUAUAGUAAUCCACGUUUAAAAGGAGCGCCCUUGUGGCUGAUGGAUUCCAGAUCACCACCUUAAGAAACUGGUGCAGUUCAAAUUGCCCGCACGGUAGGGGCUUCCCCACCAAGAUUCCUGCCCUGUUCAUGUCCCUCUAACCAUGAAAGUCCCACGUCAUGUCCAGGAGCGCAUGGGUGGUACUGACUGCUCCGCGGGACAGGGGCUGACCACUGUACUGUCCCUGAUUCCUGCCAUUCUCAGGCAGAUUUUAUAUUUUUUUAAAGUCUAUUUUAAUGAUUGGAUACGAGCACUGGGAAGGGGAGCCUAACUCCCCUUGAUAAAGUCUCAGUUCCAUGGAGGACUUGAGUGGCCCCAAAGGCUGCCACUGUGCCCUCACGCUGGCCAUGUGCUUUCCUAAGGGCUGGCUCCCAGAAGCGGGGGUUGCGGGGCACUCCCCCACCACGGCACUGUUCCCUUGGUGGUGGUGGGAUGUGCAGCCCGACCCUGAGCUCCUGCAAAAGCUGAAGUCCAUCAUUUGGCAUCUAUUAUGAAUAUUCAGUAAAUCGGAGAGUAUUUGCUUCUGUGUUUAUCCUAGAGGCGUAUUUAACUGACGGUUUCUGCCUCCACGAGUCGUCGGUGUGAUGUUAUGUGUGCCUAAAAGAAACAAAAUUCAAAAUACCAGCAGCAUUAUGCACAAAAGGGUAAACAAGCUUAAUUUAUUAAUUUUCCAGGCUCAGUAAGGUCCCAUUUUAAGUUCAGCCCUCGUGGAAGACAGCAGCCGUCAGUUAAAUGAGGUUUGGCCUCCCCUCCUCGUGUGCUGAUCGUCAGUGCAUAUUAGCCAGGUGGUGCACUUUAGCUGCCUUGGACAAUGCUAUCCAGUGUGCUGGGAAGGGAGGAAGGCCUCUGCGUGUGGAAGAGCCCAUGCUCGGGACUCCCCUCCUUGCAACAUUGCAACAACAGUAACAACCAGACAACCAUGACAUGUGGGCGGAGUCAGUCAGGUAAUGCUGUGCGCGAAGUAAACUACCUCAAGGUAUGAAGUUACCUCAGCAAUUACUUUCCUUUUUGUUCCCCCCACCUCUUUUUUUUUUUAAUCUUUUUUUUCUUUGCGGCUUGCUGAUAUUUUAUAUAAAAAAGAAAAGCAAAGCAAAAGAGAAGCUGAUAGUCUUGAAUAUUUUAUUUUUUUAAUGAAAAGAAAAAAAUGAGAAAGUUAUGUUUCAUAAUUUCUUACAACAUGAGCCAGUGUAACUCUUUAGGAAGUCUCUAUGGAGAACAGGCCCUGUGGGAAAGGCAGCCGGCGCUGCCCCUUGGAGGGAGGCUGGGCCCAGAGGGAAGGCCCAGGUGUGAGAGAGCCCAGGGCCAGGCUCUGAUCUCUAAGCCACACACCUCUCCCAGGAAAACCUUGCCUGAUGAGAUUGACAGGCCCAGCAGAGCUGUGGCCCCAAGGGCGAAGCAACAGCCUCCAACAGCUGGCCUGUGGUCUCCCCUCCCCCUUUUGGUUAAAGGGCACCCCGGUUGUUUUUUCCCACCAGUGGUGCUGUUGAGAUAUUUUAAAGUAUUGCCUCCGUUUUAUCGAGGAGAGAAAUAAUAACUAGAAAACAUACCCUUAAAAAAAUGUAUACUUCUCUAAAAAUAUGGGAGCCAAGAUUCCAUUGGUGGAAGAGACAAAGCCACCCUCUCGCCCUGAGAGAGGUCCACCCGGCUUGCCGUGCAGUGCUUUUCAUUUAUCGUGACUUAAUUCAUUUCAGUCCCAUCUUGCCAUUUUUGGUCUUUAUCAGUAGACCAAGGGACGAACAGAUAACUGGCCCUUCUGUCUCCUCAUCUUCUUUCAAUUGAUAUGAUUGAUUCUAACAGUGGACCCACACUUACAAAUCCUCGAUUUAGGAUGGUGGGUGGCAAGGAGGGGCAAGGGAUUUGGGAAUGUAGCUGGGGACGGGUUCCUGCCUCGUUGGUGUCUUGUUACUUUCUUCCCAUGACGUUCCUUUGUAGACCCCCAGAACUGUCUGCCCCAAAGAGGAGGAAGCAGGAAAGCCUUUAGAGAUGAUACCAGGCCAGUUUAAUUAAGCUUCCCACCUGUCCAAACCACAGAAAAGGGUCUCCCAACUUGUAUUUCUGGCUCUAUAUGCUUUAUUCCAAAAUGAAGCAGAUAACUUCAGACAUCGGCCAUUUAGUGAUUUAAGGUGAAUUUCCAGCAGCAAGCAUGCUUUGAUAUCUGGUUCAAAACUGCCAUCAGAAUAAAACCCCCCACAGUACCUGAAAUGUGAUUGUUGCAGUGUUCAGCUUCCUUGGGCUCCUGCUCCCAUCACACCUGCAGCCCACAUCCUUUCCCUCUGGCUGGUUCAGCUCCCAGAAGAGACCAGGAGUGUGGCAAGGGACUGUCAAACCUGGAUUCGGCAUGGCUGAUAUUUGCCCAGCAGGAAAAUUGUGCAAGUUACGCUACCGGAAAACAAAGGAAUAUGGUUUGGUGGUUAAGGUUUAGCAGGAUAAAGGGCUUGUCUUGGUGGUUCCACCUUUGACCUCUGGGCAAGGUCUUGGGGCAACUCCGCCCCCUGCACAUCACCUCCAUUUCCCCAUCCUUGGUGAGAUAACAAGUUAAUGUGAAAUGCACUUGAGAGAUUUGGAUGAUCUGAAAACAGUGACUUUUAAAAAACAACUUCUGUGCUCUGAUAUGUGUGUGAGCUACAUAUAUAUUUUUAAGAAAAGACCAUCACUUUUAGGAUGUAUUUUUUAAUUCUGUGGAACACGUGAAAAAACCAAAAUGGUUUGAUUCCCUGACUUUGAAGCUGCGUCUGACAGUGACGCCCAAUGGCCCGUGAGGGUCUGGUUGCCUUUUGCGGUUUGGGUUGUGGACUUGGCUCCUCAGAGGGGCCUGGGGAGGAGAGAGCCGUUUUUAGGGACAGGGAGUUUCAUCACCUUCUACUCUUUCUUGCGCUCCUCUCAGUCCUUUCUCAGUCUUUUUUUCCUUUACCCUGAGCUCUCCACUUCUGGGACCGGUGGGGGCUAUUCUGUUAAGUUAUGCCUCGAUUGGCAGAAGAGACCCCAUGUAAAAUCCAGAGAACACUGGAGGGGAACCCUCCAGUUGGUUCUGUGUGUCCAUUUUCCCCUGUGCCAAAGACAGGCUGUGAGAGACGCCAUCUCUGAAUCAAAGCAAUAACCAUCCUUUGAACCCGUACCUGGGCUGUCUGAGAGGGGGAGAGGUCCUGGGAACUGUAUGGGCUAAAAGACCCGGCCCUUCCCUUCUGAGGCUCCUGGGGGAUGUGGGGGCGGUAUGUGCCAAGGCACAGGGAGCUGAGAAGGGGUCCACUGGCUCCGGUUGCACUUUGGGGAAGGAGAGGGGUUUGGGGCUCCUCCCUGUGAGGCUGCGCUCCAUCCCUUGCCCCCACUGCAGAGACAGCACCGCGAGUUCUCUUCAGGCCUGGCAGACUGGCAACGAGGAGGGGCCUCAGUUAACUCUCCAGGGUGCCUUCCCCUCCUCCCACCCCAGACAUACUCUCUGCCACACUGGGAACAGCGGUGCCGCAUAACUACCUCACAGAGCCCCCAGGGACCGCCAAGCUUCUGCCUCUAGUCCACCUUCCCUCCUUUCUCUCACUCAAGGGUGGGGGUCCUCCUUCCCCUGAAGUGUUGAUGCGGAGAUCCUAGAGGCUUUGAUGUUCAAAACAUGCCAACUUUCGCCUAUUUGUUGAAAACCGGUAGGAGGAAAACAGCACAGCCUGCCCCUGUAACUGCAGGAAGAUGGAAGAAGGAUCCUCGGUGCCAGGGGACAUAAAGCCAUUUCCCUUCCAAACUCUUGGUGAUUUAGAGGCAGGGCUUUUCUCUUGUAUUCAGACUUAGGGCAACACCAGCUGAAAACUGCAGUUUCUUUCUUUUGGAUACAUAAGGCUUCUCUAUUGGGGUACAGGACAGGGAGGAGGCCUCAUGACUGAAGGUGGAUUCAGAGGGUGAGGGCUGGAGCCCCAGCCCUGACCCUCGGCCCUGUGCCCCUCCUUGGGGGCACAGUCUGAUGGCACCAUUACUGGUGCCUUAGUCUGGUUGAAUCUGGAUGGACGAGACAAAAGAAUUUUUUUCUUAAGUGAAAUAGCAGGAAGCUCCUCGGGGCAUGUGUUUUGAGUAACCACAGAUGAUGGAUGCUACGAGUAUAAAUGGAUUAACUACCUCAAUCCUCACAGUGAGAUUAGAACAAGGGCUGGGAUUGGUGAGGGGGUGGAUCCCAGCCAGGAGGAGUGAGCUGAGGCUUGUGCCACAGAAGGUUUGUCCUUGAGGAAUAGGCAUGCCUGCUAGAUACUCAUUGGUUGGGUUGAGAGGACUGGUCAUUAGGCCCCCCUUUCUGCCUUCUUCGGCCUGGGGACCCUUGCUUCACCUCUUCCCUGCAGCCUGCCCUGCUCUCACCUGCCAUAUCUUGCUGGACCAGAGGGGAUGGAGAGGACGGGCCUCCUGUCUCCUACCAGAGGGGGGCAGCCUCCUGUCUUCUACCGGAGGAGGCUGCCAGGAGGUGAGAUGUGGGGCCUGGCCUGGAACCCGCCACUCAGCCCCACAGCCAGGAAGCCUGGGGAAGCCGAAGUUAACACGUCUUCAACAGGGUUUCUCUGAGAUUCUCCACCUCUCUACCCCUUCCCAGUGUUCACAGGGACGGUGGGCUCUGGAGGUGGAGCAGGAUCCCUUAUCCUGAGAGGCCGAGGGCCUGUCCUCUGGUCGUCAGGAGCCUUUGUAGUCGGGGAGUUCCACUGGGCGAUCCCAGCCCCUCCCCACCCUCUAAUGGACCUCCUCAUAGAAGCCCCAUUUCACUUUUGUUUUAUCUACCUCUUAGCAAGACAAUAGAGAGAAAUUAGGUAGUGGCAACUCCACUUGCUUAGAUUAGGGGGGGAAAAAGAUUUCUUUUUCCAAAGGAAAAAAAAUAUUACCUUAAAAAUACUUUCCAAAAAAUUAAAAAAAAAAAAAAAAAGCCAAAAAAAAGUUCUUAAGAGGGAGACAUUUUCCAGUGACCGCUGGAUUGUUUUAAUUCCCUAAACAUUUCUCUUUUUUUCCCCCACAAAUAAGUUUCACUCUUUGGCAAUUUUCUGCACCUGGUCUAAGAUAAUGUGCUAUUCUAACAGGUACAGCUUCUGCAGUCUGCCCCCCUGGCUUGCUCCACCCCGCACCUCGUUCCUGUCAGUGAGUUCCUAUCUGUGCUCUCCCUGUUGCUUCUCAGCCAGGUGACUUCACUCAGCCCCACGGAACAAAGGCUUUGUGUGUGUGGCGGUGCUGAAGUCGGGACUCACCGUUUCAACCUGUGGAGGGUGGGAGCGGGGGCGGGGGGCACUUGUAACCCUUUUGUGUCAAGUUUCUGUAACCUACUGCAGUGUAAAGGUGUUCAGAAUGAAUUUCAGCAGAUAAUGAGUUAGCAGGAGGAAUAAACAUUCUCUACCACCACUUGAAUCCUCCCCUUACUCCAACAUGUUGAUCCUGAUCCCAGGAACCAGAAUAAGAGAGUCCCUUCUCCUGAGGCAAAGUGAAUCAUGUUCAGUCCUGAGACAUCACUUAGGAAAGUGGAAAAUGAUUUUUAUGAAGGCAAAACUUGGUGGGGACGGGAGGGGGGACUCGUGCCUGUGAUUGUGUGACCCUGUUCUGUAACUGCGGCCACUUUGAAAAUUGUACUUUGCUGGGGAUCGGCCAGCCGUCACCACCAAAUUUUGAUUGUACCCUUUCUCCCACUCUUUAAUCUGCCCUGUGCUUGGUCUGGGAAGAUGGGGCGGCUGGCUCAGACUUUUUGGAGUUUGUUCUUUUGCUGGAUGAGCACUCCAGUUUUCUUUCCCAUGAAAGUUGUUUCUGCUACAAAUCACUUGAUUCCGCUGUUUCAAUUUCAAAAUAAAAGGAAACUUAUAUUGAAA